UCUUUUCCUUUCUCAGAGUAUAGCGUGUCUUGACUAGCUGGGAUUUUUAUUUGACAAUGCUGAUGUUUAACUAAAAAGAAGGAGGUCUCAGAAUACCUUUGCUCUCUGUAGAUUGUGUAAUUCAGAUAGUGUACACAUUGACUGACAUUUUAAGGAGACACAAUCUACAUUUUCUCAUCUCGGUGCAUUGAGCACGCCUUUAAAGUGGCCAUGGAGGUGCUUGUGCUUAUAGACUUCGAGGCGACCAUGGAGGACGAGUUAACGGUGCGGGUGGGGGACAUCGUGAAAAACGUCUCCAAAGGCAAAGAGGAUGGAUGGCUGGAUGGAGAGUUGAGAGGAAAAAGAGGAAUGUUCCCUGCCAACUUUGCUAAGGAAGUGCCUGUUUACUUAAUGGGGGACAGCAACAGAGAGCCAAGAAGUCUAAGAAAAUCGAGGGAACCAAAAACUCCGACCAGGAGAUGUGAGGUGGCUUUUGCUUACACUCCCAUGAAUGAGGACGAACUGGGGCUGGUGGUUGGGGAGACCAUAGAGAUUCUUAAAGAGAUUGAAGAUGGGUGGUGGAUGGGAAAGAAAAACAACCAAAUAGGAGCCUUUCCAUCAAAUUUUGUGAAAGAAAUUUUUGUCAGUCCAAAAGACAGCAAGAUGACUGAAGUCAAAUCCAGACCUAAACUCUCUGAAGCUCUCUUUAGUAAAGAGGGAAAAAUGGAACAGAGACCAAGUUUAAGGAAAAAAACAUCAAAUGUAAAAGAAUGCUGUCAGGUGAUGUUCGACUACACAGCUGUUGCUGAAGACGAGUUAAACCUGAAGAAGGGAGACGUCAUCACAAUUAUCAACAAGGCCAGUGAAGACGACGGCUGGUGGGAGGGGGAAUUAAAUGGACGCCGGGGUUUUUUUCCCGAUAACUUCGUCAUGGUUAUCCCAGCGGAUACCCUUCAUGUUGCAAAUGCGGGUCAGCCACCGGCAAGACUUGGUUCUGUGAAACAAACAGUGAAUCAGAUGCCAGCGAUGGACCAGAACAGCUCUGAUACAACCUCAAAGACAGAGACUAAAACUGAGAAACCAGAAACUAAAGACUUUCGAAGUGACCCACCAGGUAAAAUUAAGUUGCCUGGUCUACACAAACCACCGGUCCCACCACCCCCGGCAAAGGAGAAGCCCAUCAAACUGGUUCCAAAAAACACUGAAGAGCCGCCAACUGCCACACCAAAGCAGCCCGUUGUCUCAACAACACAAAAAGAGGUUCAAGACAAACCCAUCGACAAGUUUGAUGGUGUAGAUGUGUCCUCAGAAAAACUGAGCCAUCCUACAGCCAACAGAGCCAAACCUCCACAGAGAAGACCACCGACAGCCCUCCAGACCACCUCACAUGUUACAGAUGCUGCUUCAGCUCCCAACAAAAUCGAGCAACCAACCAAGUCCACCUCACCACCCAGCACACAAACUGAAGCCAAAGCUGUGAUCCAGGAUGAGAAUCCAUCACUGGCCUCUGUGCUGACAGAACUCAAAGACCUCCGCGUUUCUCUGACUCUCCUCAAAGCUCAGCAUGAGAGAGACAUACAGGAGCUUAAAGAAGAACUGAAGGACGAGAGAGACAAACGGACGAGAUUGCAGGAUGAAGUGGAGGCUCUGAGGAAAAAAUAGUCACUAUAAAGACCAGGCAUAUUUCACUACCCUAAGUGAUGCCCCUUGUGGACAUAAAUGAUGUGAAAAAGACAAAUUUGGAAUUUCGGAGGAAUUGGACAUUUCUUACAGUACCUGGUGAAUAAUUCCUGACUCAUUGGACCACAUUCCAAAGCCAUGUUCAGGAAAAGACUUAUUUGUGUCUGAUAUUCUGGUUACCAACUCAUAUGGUUGUGGGAUUUUUAAAUGUGUAAAUACCAAAUAUUUGAGUUUCUUAUAUUUAUAUGGCAAUUUAGGGUUAAACAAUGUCAUCUGUUAAGAUAUUAACACUUGUUUUAUUCAAAUGUUUUUGGUUAUAUCCUGUGGAGUAUAGGGCAGAUAUUUUUGCUCAUGGUCAUCGCAAAUCAUUGUGCAUUUGCAUUAAAGUUUUAUCUGCGUUAAAA